UGUCCUGUCUGUCACAUGUAGCACAAUGGACGUGAUUAGCAAACGUUAGUUAAAUUGUCGGCUAAGGGCACAACAGACAGCACAUUUAUCAGCCUAAUACUUCCUUAGCAGUGACUUCAGGACUGUGUCAGACUUUGGAUGGAGUCAGCACCCAAGUCUUCAUUGUUUUGUGUAGUCACAGCAAGGGACCUCAGGGUUCGGGAUUCAGGCCAUCCUGCACAUCAGCGAGAGAAGAAUGGUCAAGUAUUUCUGUAAUAACGCAGACAUCAGGAGCACGUGGGACCAUGUUGUCUCUGCUUUCUGGCAGAGGUACCCUAACCCAUUCAGCACCCAUGUUCUCACAGAGGACGUUGUGUACCGGGAGGUGACUGCAGACCACCAGCUCCUCUCCAGACGCCUCCUUACGAAGACCAAUCGGCUGCCUCGCUGGGCGGAGCGGUUCUUCCCCACCGGCAUGUCUCGCUCUGUGUAUAUCAUCGAGGACUCUAUCGUGGACCCUGUCAGCAGAAGCCUGACCACCUACACCUGGAACCUCAACCACACAACUCUUAUGUCAGUUGAAGAACGAUGCAUUUUCCAAGACUCAGUGGAGCAGCCAGCCACUACCCUGAUUAAACGGGAGGCGUGGAUAUCCUCGGGCAUCUAUGGCUUCUCCAGACCUAUUCAGGAGUUUGGAUUGGCCCGGUUCAAGAGCAACCAGGUGAAGGCCAUGAAAGGACUGGAAUAUGCACUGUCCAACUUACAGGGAGAGACGCCCCAGCGGCUGCUCAGGGACACAGUGAAGGACGCGUCAGGGAAGGCCAAAGAAGCGGCCAAGAACCUGGCUUCAGCUGCUGCUGCCCCACAGAAACCCCAGCAGUUCAUCUGACAGGACUGUGUGUGAAGUACCGUACAGGUGACAUGACCUCAACACAAAAUGCCUUUAGAUCAUCCCGAUCAUCUCAGCCGGACUGACGUUUUGCUGGGAUCUCGCUGAUCGCUGUUUUUUCUCUGCACUAUUUUUUCUAUCAUGUUAACCGACCUCUGACGGAAAUAAAAGCUCUUAGACCGAC